AUGAGCAGCGACAAUAAAGACGCCUUUCGAAAUGUCAGCCGAAAACCAGGCCUGCAGAUUUGGACCAUCAAUGACAUGCAAAUGGCUCCGGUUCCAACCCAAGGCUUUGGCAACUUUUUCGAAGGGGACUGUUACAUUGUUCUAUAUAUAAAACAGAACAGGGGAUCUAGCCAGUCUAUUGACAUCCACUACUGGAUAGGAAAGACCUCCUCUCAGGAUGAACAAGGCUGCGCGGCCAUCUACGUCACCCAGCUGGAUGAGUACCUGGGCGGGAGUCCGAUCCAGCACCGGGAGGUUCAGGGCUGGGAGUCGCCUCGGUUCAAGAGCUACUUCAAAAAUGGCCUGAUCUACAAGAGGGGCGGAGUGGCCUCGGGUUUUAACCAUGUUGACACAAACGUCUACAACGUGCUGCGAUUGAUGCACGUCAAAGGGAGGAAGCAUGUCACAGCAACAGAGGUGGAGGUGUCGUGGAACAGCUUUAACAAUGGAGAUAUAUUUCUCCUGGAUGUGGGGAAAGCCAUCGUGCAGUGGAACGGCCCCCAGAGCAACAGGAGGGAGAAGCUCAAGGCAGUCCUGUUGGCUCAGGACAUCCGUGACAGGGAGCGAGGGGGUCGUGCUCAGAUUGGCGUUGUAGAGGGCGCAAGUGAGCGGGACUCACCGGAGCUGAUGAACGUCUUGACGGCUGUUCUUGGCCCAAAGCCCGCGCAGCUGAAGGCCGCCACUUCUGAUGAGCCAUCCAACAUGGCGCAGAACAACAACGUCAGGCUCUACCAUGUUUUUGAAAACGGUGGGAAUCUCGUGGUUCAAGAAGUGGCCAUUCAGCCUCUAACACAAGACCUGCUGCGCUCCAAUGAUUGUUAUAUCUUGGACCAGAAAGGUUCCAGUGUGAUGGUCUGGAAAGGCAAACAGGCCUCCGCGGCAGAACGACGAGAAGCCCUGAACAGAGCAGUGGGCUAUAUCAAAACCAAAAACUACCCACCCAACACCAGUGUGGAGGUGAUGGCAGAGGGAGGAGAGUCUGCAAUGUUCAAACACUUGUUCAAAUCCUGGAGCGACAAAGGACAAACUCACGGCAUGGGCACCACCUAUAGCGUCGGAAAGAUAGCUAAGGUUGACCAAGUGAAGUUCGAUGUGAUGGACCUCCAUGCACGUCCUGAGCUGGCAGCACAGCAGCGCAUGGUGGACGAUGCUUCUGGAGACGUUAAGGUGUGGCGCAUUGAGAAUUUGGAACUUGCCGAAGUAGAUCCGAGUACAUACGGACAGUUCUAUGGAGGAGACUGCUAUUUGGUGCUGUAUUCAUAUAAAAGAUCGGGCCAGCUGCAACACAUCCUCUACAUGUGGCAGGGACGUCAUGCCACUACGGAUGAGAUCACAGCAUGCGCCUACCAGGCUGUCAAUGUUGAUAACAAGUACAAUGGAGCCCCGGUGCAGGUCAGAGUGGUCAUGGGAAAGGAGCCUCGCCAUUUCCUGGCUAUUUUCAAAGGCAAACUCAUCAUCUUUGAGGGAGGUACGGGUCGACGUGGUGUGGUUAACCCCGACCCUGGUGCCAGGCUUUUCCAGGUGAGAGGGACCAGUGAGCUGAACACUAAGGCCACUGAAGUGCCGGCGAGAGCCUCCUCUCUCAACACCAACGACGUGUUCUUGUUGAAGACUGACACAAAAUGCUACCUGUGGUACGGGAAGGGCUGCAACGGGGAUGAGAGGGUGAUGGGGAGAGCCAUCUCUGAUGUGCUGUCCAGGCAGGACAAGCAGGUGGUGAUGGAGGGCCAGGAGAAAGCUGAAUUCUGGGUAGCUUUAGGUGGAAAGGCUCCAUAUGCCAGCGAUAAGAGACUGCAGAUCGAGACGCCGCGUCACAGUCCCCGGCUGUUUGAAUGCUCCAAUCAGACGGGUCGGUUUAGGAUGACGGAGGUGGACGACUUCGACCAGAUUGACCUGGACGAAGAGGAUGUGAUGCUGCUGGACACCUGGGAGGAGAUUUUCUUGUGGAUCGGACACUUGGCCAAUCAGUCCGAGACCAAAGACGCGUUGAACAGCGCACAGGAGUACCUGAGGUUCCACCCAGCGGGCCGUGACCCCGACACACCCAUCAUCUCUGUCAAACAGGGAUAUGAGCCGCCCACUUUCACUGGUUGGUUCAACGCAUGGGAUCCUCAUAAGUGGAGCGGAGGAAAAUCCUAUGAGGAAUUGAAAAAAAAGCUGAGUGAUGCAGAAUCUCUCGCACAGAUCACUGUAGGCCUGAACCUCACUACUGUGGAUAAGGGUUCUCCGGGGUUUGGUGGGGGUAGCUACAGGGCUCCAGGGGGCCCCGUGAGCUCCCCUCCACUCUACAGGGUCCACGGGAUUGGUCAGUCCCCCGGACACUCUGGCCCCUCCAGCCCGUCCACCCCAAGAACUCCGUCAUUCCCAAGAACCCCAUCGUCCCCAAAAACCCUGUCCUCUGUGUCCAUGGCCUGGUCGUCGGCGAGUAGCGGCCAGGGGACGUAUCUGAACCCAGAGCUCCUCGUAAACAUGCCUCCCACCGACCUACCGGACGGAGUGGACCCCACCCAGAAGGAGGACUACCUGUCCGAUGUGGACUUCGAGAACCUGCUCGGCACAACUCGCGCAGACUUCCACCGCCUGCCCAAGUGGCGUCAGAGCGACUUGAAGAAGAAAGCAGGACUUUUCUGAGAAGAAUCCAACGCCGUAAAGAGAAGCGCUGAGAAAGUCAAAACCAAACUCUAAGCUGUUGUUGAGAGAAAAAAGAAAUUCUGCCAAUAUUUUCAAAGCAUCUGCCAAGUUAUUGUGAUUACAAGUGUUUUACAGACUUAGCCUAUAAACAGGAUUGUGAUAUGAAGAAUCUAAUUUAAAGGACAUACCUGACACUUUCCUUUGAGAUUAUUUUUAAUUGUGCUGCUUUUUAUUUAACUGUAUUUUUCAAUGUUUUAAGCUAAUCAUAUUAAGCGAUGCUACACAUCCUCACAUGUCAUGGGUAAAUUAAUCAUCUUAUAUAAUGAAGAAACACAGGAAACCUUC